UAUCAGAAAUUGAGAAUAAUCUCAGUCAAUUCUUAAAGCAGAGAACCCUAGAUUUUUAUCAUGGAUUUCUUCAAAUCAGUUUUCGCCGACGAUCCAGAUCCUCCUAAAUCGCAACUCCAGCCGGAAUCCGAUACCCCUAGAGCCGAAUACUCCAGCACCGAUUCUUCCCCCAAACUGUCCGAUCCCGAUCCUAACCCUAGCGGAUGGAGCUUCGGCGGUCUGUUCAAAACGAUAGCAACUAGAUCCGAAUCCGUGAUUGAAACCUACCGUCGUGAUCUCGAAGAAUUCGGGGUGGGUCUCAAAAAGGAAAUCGAGGUAGCUCAGGGCUCGUUAGGGAACGUAGGGCAAGUCAUUGAUGAGUUCGGGAACACGGUCAUAAAGGGAACGACUCAGAUCAUUAAUCAAGGCAAGGAAGCAAUAUUAGCUGCCGAUAACGAAUCCUAUUCCCCUUCCUCCGAGAGCAAGGACAAAAGUCAGAUUGCUCAACGGAGCUUGAACUCGAAUCGGUACAGUCGGUUCGAUGCUCAAAUAAGGGCAAUUCAAGGUGAUAUUAAUACUUACACUGAAGAACCGGAGGAUUUGGAGUAUUAUAAGAAGUGGAAAUCUAGGUUUAAUUUGGGAGAGAAGGAAGAAGAGAUUGAGAGAUUGAUGGAAGAGAAUGGGGAGAUGGAUGGUGUUUAUAAAAGGGUUGUUGGUGUUUCGAAUGGGAUUGAUCGUGAGACGUUUUGGUGUAGGUAUUUUUAUAAGGUUUAUAAGCUUAAGCAAGCUGAGGAUGCGAGGAUUAAGCUUGUUAAGAGAGCGAUUUCUAGGGAAGAAGAGGAGGAGUUGAGUUGGGAUGUUGAUGAGGAUGAAGAAGAGGUGGAUGAGAGAAAUGUAAUGCCGAAAGCGACUUUAAAGAAUCAAGAAGAUGCGGAGAAGGAAAAAGAUGUAACCGUGGAAGAGAAAGCUGAAAAAGAUAUAGUUUUGGAGAGUGAGGAUCAAGUUGUUGAGAAGGUAAAGGAAAUGAAUCCUGUCAAGCAACCACGAGUGGAAUGGAAGGGAAAUUAUGUUGAAUCAAGUGGUGGUAAUGUGGUUACUGAGAAAGUUAAUUUGGAGAAGAAUGAAGAAGCUUGCAAGGAUGACUCAGUGGCGAAAUCGGUCGAGAAAGUGGCUUCUGAAGGGAAAGGCAAGAAUGAGGAGCUGAAGCCAAGUAGUGGCAGUGGUAAAGACAGUGAUUUUUCGGUUAUGUCAAGCCAUCCAUCCAUGGCCGAGGAGGAGGAGGGUCUCGGUUGGGAUGAAAUUGAGGAUCUCAGCAGCAUCGAUGAUAAGAAAGAAACUCAUAGCAGGAACCCGAGCUCCUCCGAUCGGGCUGAGCUGAGAAAGCGACUAAGUACUGCAGAAGAAGAUGAGGAUUUGAGCUGGGAUAUUGAAGAUGACGACAAACCGGUUAAAUCUUGAUGGAAAACGAUAAUUUGACGUUUGUUGCUCAGAAUUUAUUGCAUUCUGUUGUUCCUUCUUCCUUGUAUUCCUUUCCCUCUUCAUUUGAAAUGCAAAUAUCUUCUAUGAUUGGUGUAGUUUUAAGACGAUUGAUUGAAAUGAAAUUGAAGCAUCUGUGUACAUACUAAAACUGCUUUACC